UCCUUCUCGAGCCCGGAGCCGCCGCCACCGCCCCCGGCUCCCCCAGCGCGGGGAGGGCACCAGAUCACCACAUCCAGAGUGUGAGGAGGAGGAGGAGGAGGAAGAGGAGGCCUUGCCUCUCCACCUGCAGUAGCUGGUACCCACCAUGCAAAGCAUUAAGUGUGUGGUGGUGGGCGAUGGGGCUGUUGGCAAAACAUGCCUGCUCAUCUGCUACACAACGAAUGCCUUCCCCAAGGAGUACAUCCCCACAGUGUUCGACAAUUACAGCGCCCAGAGCGCCGUGGACGGGCGCACGGUGAACCUGAACCUGUGGGACACAGCGGGCCAGGAGGAGUAUGACCGCCUGCGCACACUCUCUUACCCGCAGACCAAUGUCUUUGUCAUCUGUUUCUCCAUUGCCAGCCCACCCUCGUAUGAGAACGUGCGGCACAAGUGGCAUCCCGAGGUGUGUCACCACUGCCCUGACGUGCCCAUCCUCCUGGUAGGCACCAAGAAGGACCUGAGAGCCCAGCCUGACACCCUCCGGCGCCUCAAGGAGCAGGGCCAGGCACCCAUCACACCGCAGCAGGGCCAGGCCCUGGCCAAGCAGAUCCACGCGGUGCGCUACCUCGAGUGCUCAGCUCUGCAGCAGGACGGGGUCAAGGAAGUGUUUGCUGAAGCUGUCCGGGCUGUGCUCAACCCCACGCCGAUCAAGCGCGGCAGGUCCUGUGUUCUCUUGUGACGCCGGCCCUCUGCUUGGAGGCAGCCCUCCUCUCCCCACCAGUUGUGCCUUGGCGCCUUGUCUGCCCCCAGCUGUGCCUUAAGGACUAAUUCUGGCACCCCUUGCCAGGGGGCUCCCUGAAUGCCUUUUUCUCUGAAUGCCUAUUUCUCAUGGAAAGGGGCUUUAUUUAGGCCUUACCCUACUCUGCUUGGGAAUACCAGGUAUUCUUGAGAGUUCACCCAGGUCAAGAACCAGGCCACCCUUCACAAUGCCAACUCCACGUCCCCUUGCCCAUCUUCCCCUACUGACCAUCUAAUCCUGCUUUCCACAGAUGUUUGCCUAUUGUGGUGCCUUCUCUCAGGUUAGGCGCUCUCAGCCACCCUCACUUCCCCUUGAUGCUUGUUCAUCGGAAUCCUUACUGCUCCAACAAGCUCUGUCCCUUCCCCAGUGAAGGAGCCCCAGAAUCCUGAGAAGAUGAAUGUGCCUAACCUUCCUGCCUGUGCCCAGGCCUUACGCAUCGGCUGACUUAGUCCCCACUCCACCCCCAAGGCUACUGGGGGCCUUUCCUACCCCCAUCAGCAUCAAUAAAACCUCCUGUCUCCAAUA